AUGUAUACAAUUUUUAAAAAGAAAAAUAAAAUAUUUCGGUCGUACCAAGAUUUUUACAACGAGAAAGAUUUAAAGGAUCCUGAAAUACCACAACUAAUAAAUUUAACUAUUGAAGACUUCAAUGCGAAAGGACAAGUUGCCAACCCACGUGCUCCAUGCGUGGUAACAACAAUUGAUCCAGAAUACAUUGUGGACGCUUCAUUGCAACGAAGAACACGAAAGUUUCGUAUGAAAACAGAUAUAUUAACAUUACGAGAAAUAACUCGGAAGAGGUUUAUGUUCUAUGCAACUCAACAAAGGUAUUUGGAAAAACAAAGUGAAGCUGCAUAUCAACAACGUAUUUUUGAGCGCAUAACGGAUUAUCAAGAGUUUGCUGCCGAUGCUCUUCGAAAAUCUGAAUCGAGCGUAUUUAGUGAAAUGAAAAAAACUCAACAGCAAUUGGAAAAUUUACAAAAAAAUAAGAUUUCAAAGGAACUAAAAAAUGAAAUUGCGGAACAUCAACGAGUUCUAAUGGAGGUUCAGGAAGUUUACGGUCGUUUUUUAUUUCUACUUAAACUUAUUGGAUAUUUUGAUGAAAUAAUUGCACCAGAAGAUAUAGAAGAUGGCAUUCAAGAAACUGAAGGAUGCAAAUUAUCACAGGCAACAGGAAUUGUUGAUUUACAAAUAAAUGAACGUUAUCCAAUUGGUGAGAAAGAAGUCACAUCUAUUAUUAAUUAUAUGAAUAAAAUUAUAAGGCCAUAUUUGGAAAAAAGAAAUCACCUCGACGCUGAUAUUUGGAUAAAGGGCUACGAACGUACUAGACAAAAAAUAUUCAACUACAACCGACGAUUUAACCAUCUGGCAUUGUUAAAUCACUUGGUGGCUAUUGUUCAUGAAAAAUCGAAAAAGACUUUUGCUCGAAACACGCAGAAACCGAAAUAUUUAAAAGAUCCCAAUUUCUUGCAAAGAAGAAUUGAAUUUCUAAAGCAGCGUUCGUUGGAAGUGUUGGAUAAUUUUGAAAGGAAUCAAAAAAAAGAUUCACUCCAAAUUAAAUUAAAUGCAAUACUGCCUGUUAUUCUUGAAAACGUUGAAGUUAAAUUAGCACAAAAUAAUUCCAAUAUGGCUAAAGAACUUCCAAUGGAAAAGACAAGAAAAAAGAAAAUUUCUUCAAAGAAGACAUCUAAUAGAAAAUCGUCAGAUUCAAAUGAUUUACGCAAAAAUACUAAUAAUUCCACUCUAGAAAAAGUGGAAAAACUGCAAUGGCAUUUGAUGGGUCUGCUGCAAGAUUUAGAAAAAAUUCCACCCGAACAUUGUACAAAGAUUGAAAAACAAGUGAGAAAACGCGUUCAAAUUCAAAAGGAAAUCUCCAGGAGGGUAUUAGUUAAGCAAAAUCGUCUUCACAAUUGGAUGGAACAUUUUAAAAAGCAUGCCCAAUUACAACAAUAA